AUGGCGGGCAGCUCGACCUCCCGCCGCAUGAUCCCAUGGCUGUACGAUCUGGUGCUGUGGCUCUUCACCUGGAGUCUGGACCUGUUCUUCCGGGAGGUCUACCCUCGAGGAGCCUGGAGGAUCCCCGAGAAGGGCCCGGUGCUGAUCGUGGCCGCGCCCCAUGCCAACCAGUUCGUCGACUCGGGCAUUCUGAUGCACCUGCUCAAGUCGCAAGCUAAGCGACGAUCUAUGAAUGAACCGUAUAUCGGAACCCUCGCAUCAUGCAUGGGCGCGCUCCCUGUCGUCCGGUCCAUGGAUUUGACCAAGCCGGGAAAAGGCAGCAUCUACCAACCUCACCCACACAGCGACCCCGCUUUGAUUCACGGGGUGGACACCGAUUUCACCCAGCCGUCGUUCAUGUCGGGGGGUUCGCUGACCGUCAGAGGCCCCGAUGGACCGAUGACGGCCUCGAUCGAAGAGAUCCAGGGGCCCACGGCCCUUCGGCUCAAGAAAGCAUUUGCCUCUCCUGUUCCAAAUGACCCCGGUCGCAAAGGGACUUCUUUCAAGAUUGCGCCCCAUGUCGACCAAAGCCAGAUGUUUGAUGCGGUCUACAGGGAGCUCUCCAACGGUGGGUGCAUCGGCAUUUUUCCCGAGGGAGGCAGUCAUGAUCGCUCGAAUCUGCUGCCCCUAAAAGCUGGCGCAGCUCUGAUGUCGCUCGGCGCGCUGGCCCGCGAUCCGGGUUGUGGGCUGUCAAUCGUUCCAUGUGGAAUGAACUAUUUCCAUGCGCAUAAAUUCCGCUCGAGGGCGGUCAUCGAAUUCGGCCGGCCGAUUCAUGUCCAUCCCGAUCAAGUGGAAGCCUUCAAAUUGGGAGGGAACAGUAAACGAAAUGCUGUGGGAUCUCUGCUUGAAACUAUCUAUGACGGCCUGGAGGCUGUCACGCAGAUUAGUCCAGACCACGAGACACUCAUUCUCGUUCAAUCCACACGAAAACUUUACAAUCCCAUCAGCAAGAAACUCCCGCUUCCGUUGGUCAUUGAAUUCAACCGUCGCCUGUUGAAGGGCUAUACUCGACACCGGGAUGACCCACGCAUCCAGGGCUUGAAGAAAGCCGUCAAGGAGUACAAUCGGCGACUGGAAUCCCUUGGAGUCAAAGACCACCAAGUGGAGUGGGGGAACUUGGAGGAGAAGCCGUGGUGGUUGACGCUGAUCACCUUAUUCUAUCGUCUAUGCAAGCUGUUUGUUCUGAGUAUCGGCACCCUGCCGGGCGUUCUACUCUUCUGGCCCGUGUUUGUGACGACCAAAGUGAUCUCGGAGAAGAAAAGACGGCUUGCGCUAGCGGCAUCAGUCGUCAAACUCCAAGGCCACGACGUCGUCAGCACCUGGAAAAUCCUCGUCGCGAUGGGACUCGCACCGACGCUCUACGCCUACUACACGAUUAUUGUAACGGCAUGGCUUCGAUACAAUCGCUAUGAUGGUUACUACACCCAAUCCGUGCCUUGGUGGUUGGUGGCACGAACGUAUGUGCCAGACAGCGUUUCACUUGGGGCAUUCGCCGUUAUUUUCUUUGGUUUGAUGAUUUCAGUCAGCUUCGCCGCAUUGCGAUUCGGUGAAAUCGGAAUGGAUAUCAUCAAAUCUCUGCCCCCGCUUCUGGUGGCUUUGAAUCCGCUAUCUUCGUCAUCUUUGGCGGAUCUCCGUGACAGUCGUGAGGCACUGUCGGAGCGGGUCACUGACACCAUCGACGAACUUGGCUUCGGCAUCCGUCCCGAUGAUGUCGAUGCUGAUAUCCCCACCGACCCUUACAAGGCGGAUGCAUACCAGUCCCAUCUGAAGAGUAUCCCGCCGAGCGAGCCCUCAAGUAGGGAGCGUAGCAGCAGCAGGUCUAGUGGACUUUCUGAUCAGACACGCUUGAAGGGACUCACUUCGCUUCCCUCCGAGGACGACUUGGAAGAAGUGGAUCGGAAGAUUCGGACCUUGAAGAGCAGAGGGAGACGGCAGACGCUUAGUGGCUUUGAGACGGGUGAAUCAAUUUUGAAAAUAUUGAACUACAAGACCCCAAGCGGCAAAGCAGAGGGGAAGAAAGAGCGCUGA